AUACGUGGUGAGCAACAACUUCUAUGGAAAUCUACCGUACAGAACCAUUGCAAAGAUUGCGUGGGCCAUUAUAUCGAUGCUGGGAGUAGUGUUCACCCUUGCUAUGAUGGAGCUAUCUUGGAUUCGGUUCAAAAAUACUCCGACAAUUACCACAAUUGAGACAACAACGUAUCCGAUUUGGAAUGUGCCUUUUCCAGCGGUAACGGUUUGCAACAUCAACAAAGUUGACCGUAGUCGAGCGGAAAAUCUUAUUGAAUCAUUAAUUUCUCUCAACCUUACACGGCAGGAGGCUACUGAUUUACUCGGGGCCAUGGCAAGCCUGGUGAAUUAUGAAUCAACAAACACUUCGUUCGAAAACGAGGGAAAACUAGGACAAUUGGGAUAUUCGCCCGCGAAAAUGCUACUGGAAUUGAAUCAACCGUGCGACUCUCUGAUAAAGUCUUGCUACUGGCUCGGUAUGGAAGUAUCCUGCGCAAAGAUAUUCCAAAUGACGAAAACCCAUGUCGGAUUCUGCUGCUCGUUCAAUGCCGAUAAGGCCAUGAACGUUGGCAAUGAAACUUUUGCACGCCCACCUCCGUUAACCAAUAUCCGACUCUCCGGUGCUGGUAAACACGUUGGCCUAUCGAUUCUGGUGGAUGUCGCCCCCGAGAAUUAUAUGGCACCAACGAAAUCAUUUUAUGGAGCCGAGAUAUUCAUUCACAGUCCCAACGAUUUCCCGGCGGAUUCCGAUUUUGAAGAUACGUUGCAGCCCGGAUGGGACGCAGAUUUCUGCAUUACCCCAAUGCCCAUUGAGAGUAGUCCUACGUUGGAGCAAGUUCCUCUGUCGCAGCGGAAGUGUUUUAUGCCAAAUGAAGGCACAUUGCAGUCGAAUAAUACGUUUAGCCUUAAUCUUUGCAUGUCCGAAUGUCGACUGCGGACCAUUAUAAAGCUGUGCAACUGUGUGCCGUUUUACUACGCAGAUUUUAAUAUCACCGAAAUGAAAGGAAUUGAAGCUUGUACACUGCGAAAUGUGAAUUGUUUGCGGCAUUUCAGAAAAUAUUUUUACAGCCUCAAGCCACCAAAAGAAAUGUCAUCCGACAGCUUCAGCUUUGAUUUGGGUAUGGAUUGCGAAUGUAAACCGUCUUGUACAUUUUUGAAUUACAAUGUUCAAAGCAUCUCCAGUAAACGAUUGGCUGGUUCCUUUACUUCAUCAUACUUCGGAGGCCGCGACGUCGCAAACUACGCCACUCUUCAUGUGCACUUCAAGGAUUUGUACUGCGUAAAGUAUCGUCGAGAGGCUUUCCUGUCCUGGGACUCACUACUGGCAUCCUUCGGCGGAAUAUUUGGCCUAUGCAUGGGAGGAUCAGUGCUCAGUAUUGUUGAACUGUUCUACUAUUUCGUAGUGAAGCCGUUUGCCUUCUACAGUGCCCGACGAAGAGAAGCAAGUGCUUCUGACAAGGUGGCUAUGACGAAACAGCAGAAACGGCCUAAAUCCAUUCGAGUGUUUCGCCCAGGACGUUACCCGCAUGGAUACUUCGAACGCAGCAAGAACGUCUUCCGAGAAAGAAUGAGCGGACGUGGGAAACCAAAAUUAUUUGCCGUUAUGCCUAGAAACGGGUAUCCGAAUAAUAUGCAGGGAGUUAUGGCUGUGAAAAAUACCAACGGAGAUUUGAAUACAGUGUUUUUAUAUUGAUGA